AAAACCCUAAACACAAACCUCAAAACUCUCAAAGCGCUUUCCACUGCUACUGCCUCCCUCACCACCACCACCACCACCACCACCAAUUCGCCGGAAAAAAUGGCGAUCACAAAGCAAAAGAAGAAACCACCACCACCAUCCACCACCGACACCUCCGACCUCCAAUCCGAAAUCGCCAACUUCGCUUCUUCACUCGGCCUCUCUUCCUCCGCCCCUUCCUCCGGCUUCAACGACUCCGAUUUCCGCAAACCCCGCCCUAUCACCAAACCUCCUAAACACGAAUCCAAAUCCACCAAUCCAAACAUCCAAAACAACAACAACAAUAACAACAAAAAAGUGACGUCACCGCCUCUAUUAAAACCUAGGGUUCAACCGCAACUAACCGUCGACAAUUCAAAACUAUUCGAUAAAUUCAAGCAUUUGCCGAAACUGCCGUUGAUGAAGGCGAGUACGUUAGGGUUGUGGUAUGAGGAUGCGGUGGAGUUAGAGGAGAAGUUGAUUGGAAGCGGUGCGAAUCGGAAGAAGGCGGAGUUUAAGGAGGUUGAAGAGUGGAGGAGUUUGGUGGAGAAGAAGAAGGAGGUUGCUGAGAGGUUGUUGGCUCAGUAUGUGCAGGAUUAUGAGUUGAGUAGGGGACAGAGUGGGGAUAUUAAGAUGGUGUUGGCUACGCAGAGGUCGGGUACGGUGACGGAUAAGGUGUCUGCGCAUUCGGUUUUGGUUGGGGAUAAUCCGAUCGCGAAUAUUAAGUCGAUUGAUUCGCUUUUAGGUAUGGUUACGUCUAAAGUUGGGAAGCGGUAUGCGUUUACCGGGUUUGAGGCGUUGAAAGAGAUGUUCGUAUCAAGUUUAUUACCUGAUCGUAAGUUGAGGACAAUUUUUCAGCAACCUCUGAAUCAUCUUCCCGAUUCAAAGGAUGGCAAUUCACUUCUAUUAUUCUGGCACUGGGAGGAAUGCCUAAAACAAAGAUAUGAGCGCUAUAUAUUUGCACUUGAAGAAGCUUCUAAAGAUGUACUGUCUACACUUAAGGAUAAAGCGCUAAAGACUAUUUAUGCAUUGCUGAAGAGCAAGUCAGAACAAGAACGCAGAUUGCUCUCUGCACUUGUGAAUAAGCUAGGGGAUCCUGAAAAUAAGGCUGCGUCUAAUGCAGAUUAUUUAUUGUCAAAGCUUUUGUCAGAUCAUCCAAAUAUGAAGGCGGUUGUGAUCGAUGAAGUGGAUAAUUUUCUUUUUAGACCUCAUUUGGUGAUGCGAGCCAAGUACCAUGCUGUUAAUUUUUUAAGCCAGGUUCGCCUAAGUCACUAUGGUGACGGGGCAAAAGUGGCAAAACGGUUAGUGGAGGUGUAUUUUGCUUUAUUUAAGUUGCUUAUCUCUGAAGCUGGUGGACCUAAUAAGCAGAAAAAGAACAAAGAAGACUAUAAAAAACCUUUUAAUUCUUCCAAAGACAAAGAUGUUAAAACUGAUGCAGAUUCUCAUGUUGAAAUGGAUUCACGUUUGUUAUCAGCUCUUUUAACGGGGGUCAAUAGGGCUUUUCCUUAUGUCUCAAGCAAUGAAGCAGAUGACAUCGUUGAAGCUCAGACUCCAAUGCUGUUUCAGCUGGUUCAUUCAAAGAACUUUAAUGUUGGAGUUCAAGCAUUAAUGCUUCUUGAUAAAAUCUCGUCAAAAAAUAAGGUUGUUAGUGAUCGGUUUUAUCGUGCUUUAUACUCCAAACUCUUACUUCCUUCUGCAAUGAACACUUCCAAGGAAGAACUGUUUAUUGGUCUUCUUUUACGAGCUAUGAAAAACGACCUUAAUCUAAAGAGGGUGGCCGCAUUUGCAAAACGUUUGUUGCAGGUGUCUCUUCAGCAGCCGCCUCAAUACGCUUGUGCAUGCAUCUUUCUUCUUUCCGAAGUUCUUAAAGCAAGACCACCUCUGUGGAACAUGGUGCUUCAGAACGAGAUGGCUGAUGAAGAAAUUGAACAUUUUGAAGAUAUAGUUGAAGAACCAGAUAAAGCAUCAGGUAGUUCUGUUGAAGCUGUUCAUCAUGAUGACGAUGUUGACGAUAAUGAUAACGAAGAUGAUGAUGUUCCGUCAGAGGAUGAUGGUGGGUCCCCAGCUCCUAGUUCCGAUGAUGAGUUUUCAGACAAAGAAGACGAUGACUUGCUAGGGCUUGGUGGUUUGCCUGAUGCUAAGGAAUCUCAAAUGAAAUCUGGUCAAACUGCAAGUCAACCACGAGUACGAGAUGCAAAGUCUUCAUUACCCGGAGGAUAUGACCCUCGUCAUAGAGAACCUAUUUAUUGCAAUGCAGACCGUACAGGGUGGUGGGAAUUGAUGGUGCUAGCUUCACACGUACAUCCUUCGGUUUCCACAAUGGCCAAAACCAUUCUUUCUGGAGCCAACAUUGUCUACAAUGGAAACCCGUUGAACGAUCUUUCACUUGUCGCUUUCUUGGACAAGUUCAUGGAGAAAAAACCUAAAGAAAGAAAUUGGCAUGGUGGGUCCCAGAUCGAACCCGCUAAACAGCUUGAUAUGAACAAGCAGUUGAUCGGUGCGGAUAUUAUUCAGUUAGACGAAAUGGAUGUAGCACCGGAAGAUGUUGUGUUCCACAGGUUUUACAUGAACAAAAUGAACUCCGCCAAAAAACCAAAAAAGAAAAAGAAAAAGGCUGCAGAUGACGAGGCGGCUGACUUUGACUUACUAGGAGAUGAGGGUGAUGGCGAUGAAAGUGAUGAUGAAGAAAUUGACGCCAUAUUGGAUUCCACGAACCCUGCUCUGGAUGCUGACGGUGAUUAUGAUUACGAUAAUCUGGACGAAAUCGCUGACGACGACGAUGAUGAUUUGGUGGGUAAUGCUAGUGAUGAUGAAGGAAUGGAGUUUCCGGCAGAUGUUUCAGAAGAUGAUGAGGGGGAGGGUGAUGAUGAUGUCAGCAUUGGUGAUGCAGAAGACGGAAGUGAUGACGAGGAUGACGUGUUUGAAGUUAAGCCGUCGAGGAAGAGGAAGACCCGAGGGAAGGCUGGCGCGUCACCGUUUGCAAGUCUUGAGGAAUAUGAGCAUUUGAUGGAUGAAAAUGAUAAUGAAAAUGAAAAUGUCAAGGGCAGUAAGAAAGAAAAGAAAUCUAAGAAGGCUAAAAAGUCCAAAUCUAAAAAGAAGAAGGGUUCCACAGAUUAAGCUUUUUGGGUUAGAGUAUUUUUGUUUAAUUUUUUGUUGUUGUUUGACGGAUUGAUUAUCUGAUCGUCAUACGAGAUUUCAAAACAGUUGGAGAAGGCAGUUAUUACGUUGGAUAAACAAAAUUUUUUCACUUC